UUGGUAUCAUUUGUUGAGCAUCAACAGGAAUUUACUGAAGAAGCAGAAGAUGGAGGACCUGUGCAGUGUCAGUGGUCUGGAUCCUUUCUGGGACUGGAACCUGACCUGGUACACGUCCAGACCAGACCUGACCCAGUGUUUCCAGCACACUGUACUGGUGUGGUUCCCCUGUAUUUACCUGUGGACCUGUUCCCCUCUUUACCUGCUCUACCUGCAGCUCCGCCCCCACAGAGGCGUCAUCCCACUGUCCAAACUCUGCUGCAGUAAGACGCUCGUGGGUCUCAGUCUGGCUUCCUUUGUUCUCCUGGAGAUGUUUUACUUUGUGGUGAAAAAGAACGAUGAGAUCCAGAACCACCUGCUGGUCCUGCUGGGUCCAGUAAUCCGGAGCCUCACUGUGGUUGUGGCUGUGGUGUUAAUGCAGGUGGAGAGGAUGAAGGGCACUCGUUCAUCCGUCCUCCUCUUCCUCUUCUGGAGUCUUCUGGUUCUUUGCUCCAUUGUUCCUCUGAAGGUCAACAUCCAGCUGAUUAUUGAUCAGGACUUUUCAUCAGAUGCUUUUCGUUUCAUGACGUUCUUCAUCUGUUUCUCGCUCCAACUCACUGAACUCGUCCUUUGCUGCUUCUCAGACCAACGAGCGCUUUCUGACACACAUGUCUACGUCCAGAACCGAUGUCCGGAGGAAGACGCCUCAUUUCUUUCAAAGUUUUUCUUCUUCUGGUUCAGCAGUUUGGUGGUUCAGGGGUACCAGCGCCCCCUGGAGGCUGAAGAUCUGUGGUCCCUGCGAGAUCAGGACUCAUCGAUCCGGAUCAUGACGGACUUGGAGAAUUUCUGGACUCAGAACCAGAAACAGCUGCAGGCGGAGCCUGGUUCUGGACCAUGCUGGACUCGGUCCAGGUUGGAUGAUUUUACUGGACCAACAGAAAAAACUUGCCUGUUGAAGAAGACUACGAAGGGGAGGGGCUACAGCCUCUUCCUCUUACAUGCUCUGGGGCGGAGCUUUGGGACGGACUUCCUGUAUGGGACGUUCUGUCUCCUCCUUCACGACGCCUUCAUGUUUGCGGUGCCACAGGUGCUCAGUGCUCUGCUGGGCUUCAUGCGGGACAGCGACGCUGCGAUGUGGAAGGGCUUCCUGUUCGCCUCGCUGCUCUUCCUGUUGUGCUGUCUUCAGUCCGUCCUCCAUCAUCAGUACAUGUUCCACUGCUUCACUGUGGGAAUGAGGCUGAAGACGGCGCUCGUCGGCCUUGUCUACAGGAAGAGUCUGCUGAUGAGCAGUGCUGCGCGGCGGCAGUUCACUUUGGGAGAAAUCAUUAAUCUGGUUUCUGCCGACACUCAGAAGAUGAUGGACUUUGUGGUUUAUGUGAACAGCGUUUGGGUCGCGCCCAUCGAGAUCGCACUCUGCUUCUACUUCCUGUGGCAGCUCCUCGGUCCACCUGCUCUCGCUGGAAUCACCAUUGUCGUUCUAAUUUUUCCUCUCAAUGCAGUUUUGGCUAAAAUGAGAAGCAAACUUCAGGAGCUUCAGAUGAAGUUCAUGGACGGACGGAUCAAACUGAUGAACGAGAUUUUGAGCGGAGUGAAGAUCCUGAAGUUUUAUGCCUGGGAGGAAGCGUUUCUGCGAAAAGUCGGCGUCCUGAGAGAGGGAGAACUGAAGAACCUGAAGAGAUCUCAGAUCCUUUACGCCAUCUCUCUGGCUUCGUUUAACUCCUCCUCCUUUCUGAUUGCUCUGUCGGUGUUCGGAGUCUACGUGUUGUUCGAUGAGCGAAACGUUCUGGAUGCUCAGAAGAUAUUUGUUUCUGUUGCGCUCAUCAACAUUCUGAAAACUCCUCUGAGUCAACUUCCCUUCGCCAUGAACACGACCAUGCAGGCCGUUGUCUCGCUCAAACGUCUGACAAACUUUCUGAGUCAAGAUGAAGUUCGACCCGACAACGUGGAGAGACGUCGUCACAGCUCAGAUGGAGAUGGUGUUGUGAUAGAGGAUGGGUUCUUCUCCUGGUCCCAUGACGGUUCUCCGUGUCUGCGAAGGAUCAAUGUGAAGGUGAAGACGGGUUCUCUGGUCGCUGUGGUCGGACACGUCGCCUCAGGGAAGUCAUCUCUGCUGGCAGCCAUGUUGGGAGAGAUGGCGAGGAGGCGUGGCUUCGUCUCCAUCAAGGGGUCAGUGGGCUACGCCCCCCAGCAGGCCUGGGUCCAGAACGCCUCCCUGAAGGACAACAUCCUGUUUGGUGGAGAGAGGAAGGAGAGCUGGUACCAUCGUGUUCUGGAGGCCUGCGCUCUCCUGCCGGACCUGGACCUCCUGCCGGCAAGGGACGGCACCGAGAUUGGGGAGAAGGGCUUGAACCUGUCCGGAGGUCAGAAGCAGCGGGUGAGUCUUGCUCGAGCAGUUUACAGGAAGUCAGAUGUUUACCUGCUGGACGAUCCGCUGUCGGCUGUUGAUGCUCAUGUGGGACAACACAUUUUUGAUCGAGUCAUUGGGCCCAGAGGAAUUCUGAGAGACAAGACCCGGGUGCUAGUUACUCAUGGCCUCAACUUCCUGUCUAAAGCAGACCUGGUCCUCGUGAUGGAGGAUGGACAGAUCUCUGAAAUGGGCUCCUACACGGAGCUGAUGGACCAAAAGGGAGCGUUUGCCAAAUUAAUCCAAACCUUCAGUGGAAACCCAGGCAGAGAAAACACCAUCGUCCAAGAAAAGAGCAGCAGGAAGUCGGUGUCUCGUCUCAGUGCGACUGAUUUUUCCGUUGAUCUUUCUCAGGAGCAGCUGAUCAGCUGUGAUUUGAGCAGUGCCAGUGUUCAGGCUGUUGAUCUGGAUGUUGAAGAUGUUGGUAGACUGACGGAGGCUGACAAGGCUCAUACCGGGAGGGUGAAGCUGCAGAUGUACAGAGAGUAUUUCAAGACCAUCGGCUUGACCUUCAUUAUGACCAUCGUCUUCCUCUGUGCCUUCCAGCAGGCCGCAUCAUUGGCCUACAACUAUUGGCUGAGCCUCUGGGCCGACGAUUUGCCGGUCAACGGCACCGGGAGCAAUCACGAGCUGAAACUGAGCGUGUUCACAGCGCUCGGCUUCACUCAGGCGAUGGCCAUGUUUGGGACGACGCUCGCCAUUGCUCUGGGCGGGAUCAUGGCGUCUCGUCACCUUCAUGCUGACCUGCUCCACAGCGUGAUGCACUCUCCCAUGUCCUUCUUCGAGGUGACACCCAGCGGAAACCUCCUGAACCGGUUCUCCAAAGAGAUCGAUGCCAUCGACUGUAUGAUUCCUGAUGGGCUGAAGAUGAUGCUGGGUUACAUGUUCAAGCUGCUGGAGAUCUGUAUCAUUGUGUUGUUGGCCACGCCCUUCACUGGCCUGGUGCUCCUCCCCCUCACCUGCAUCUACAUCUUCAUACAGAGUUUCUAUGUGGCGUCAUCGUGUCAGCUGCGGCGACUGGAGGCUGUGAGUCGCUCGCCAAUUUACAGCCACUUCAGCGAGACGGUGCACGGUGCCGCUGUCAUCCGAGCUUUUGGCGAACAGCAACGCUUCGUCCUGCAGGCCCACCGUCGUAUCGACGACAACCAGGAAGCUUACUUUCCUCGCUUUGUCGCCACCAGGUGGCUGGCAGUGAAUCUGGAGUUUCUGGGGAAUCUGCUGGUUUUGGCUGCAGCCAUCUUGUGUGUGCGAGGUCGGGGCGAGCUCAGUCCGGGCAUCGUGGGACUGGCAGUGUCACAUUCUCUCCAGGUAACGGGAAUCCUUAGUUGGAUCGUUCGUUCCUGGACUGAUGUCGAGAACAACAUAGUGUCUGUGGAGCGAGUGAAAGAGUAUGAGAACACGCCCAAAGAGGCAGCGUGGACCCUCGAGGAGCGUUUGCUUCCCGCAGCCUGGCCGAACACAGGAAACAUCCAGUUUGAGGAUUAUGGACUGCAAUACCGGAAAGAACUGGACUGGGCCUUGAAGGACAUUUCUAUCAACAUCCAGAACAGAGAGAAGGUUGGGAUCGUUGGAAGAACGGGAGCUGGGAAGUCUUCUCUCGCUUUGGGAAUCUUCAGGGUUCUGGAGGCCGUGGAAGGACGAAUCUUUAUUGAUGGGAUCAACAUCGCGCAUAUCGGCCUCCAUGAUCUCAGAUCCAAAAUAACCAUCAUUCCUCAGGACCCUGUGGUGUUUUCUGGUUCUCUGAGGAUGAACCUUGACCCCUUUGAUACUCGUUCAGAUGAAGAUCUGUGGACGGCCCUGGAACUGGCUCACCUCGGCAGCUUUGUGUCAGAACUGCCACAAAAACUGGACCAUCAGUGUUGUGAAGGAGGAGAGAACCUCAGUCUUGGUCAGCGACAGCUGCUGUGUUUGGCCCGAGCUCUGCUGAGGAAGACGAGAAUUCUGGUUCUGGAUGAAGCCACAGCAGCUCUGGACAUGAAGACCGACCAGCUGAUCCAAUCCACCAUUCGUACUCAGUUUGAGGACUGUACAGUUUUAACCAUCGCUCACCGCCUCAACACCAUCAUGGACUACACCAGGGUCAUUGUGAUGGACAGAGGGUCCAUCGUGGAGAUGGACUCUCCCGCACAACUCAUCCACCUUCAGGGUCACUUCUACAAAAUGUGUGUUGAGGCCGGUUUGGCUUGAGACUUAGAAGAAAAAACAGAUGAAAUGUUUCCUGACAUUAUCUCCUGCACUUGUGUUUUUUGAUUUUUGUGCUUUGCAUCAGCAUAUUUAUGUGUAAACAUGUUAUAUGUGUUCAGCUUGAGCUUAUUUAGGAUGUUGUUUUGUUAAAUAUCUUCAAAUUGGACCAGUUGUUUAGAACCACACUCAAAUAAAGUGACUGA